GAACGAGGUUUUGGUAUCUAAUUAUAGUUAACUGGUUCUGUUGUAUAAUUUGGGUUUUUUUACGACUUAUUGUUAUCCGGACUAGACAUGCGCACGAUUUAAGCUUGAACCACGUGCGAAAACAAAACAAGUUUAUCGUCAUCUGUGAAAUAUGGGCUUUCCUGGUGGUGGAAGAGGGGGAGGUCGAGGAGGAGGUUUCCGUGGUGGAGGGGGAGGAGGUGGCUACCGUGGUGGUGGCGACAGAGGAGGAGGCUUUCGAGGAAGAGGAGGCGGGGGAGGCUUCAGGGGUAGAGGAGGUCGAGGUGGACGUGGUGGUGGGGGUGGGGGCUGGCAAGAUUAUGGCCCUCCUGAAGAGGUCAUGGAAAUGGGUCUGUUCACCCACCCCUGUGAAGAUGAUCUUGUGUGCAGGGCAACCAAUGAGAAGAUCCCCUACUUCAACGCUCCAAUCUACUUGGAAAAUAAGCAACAAGUUGGAAAAGUUGAUGAAAUAUUUGGUUCCAUUAAGGACUUUUAUUUUUCUGUCAAACUGUCCCCUGAUAUGAAGGCAAGCUCAUUUUCAAAAGCAACUAAGAUGUUCAUAGAUCCAGCCAAAUUGCUUCCUCUCCAGCGCUUCCUGCCCCGGGCAGCAGGGCAGAGAGGGGCGGGGAAAGACCGUGGGGGUAGAGGAGGGCGAGGUGGUCGAGGUGGAGGUUUUCGUGGUGGUCGAGGCUUCGGAGGACGAGGCGGGGGAGGACGUGGGGGUGGGGGCUUCAGAGGGGGUGGUGGCUUUAGGGGUCGGGGUGGGGGUGGAUUUAGGGGAGGAAGAGGUGGGGGAUUUAACAACAGAUAAAUAUUUUAAUUUGAUGUUGGAUAUGAUUGAUUUGGAGGCAUAUAUUUGGGAAUGCUCGUGUUUGAAGAGAAACUUUGGAGGCAGAUAUUUGGGAAAGCUCGUGUUUGAAGAGAUGAACCGCUCUUGUGUGACAUGUCUUUGUUGUGGACAGUGAUGUUGACAUGACAUGGUCAGUGAUGUUGACAUGACAUGGUCAGAUGGGUAAUGGUAUGACAGAUGUUCACAGAGGUUUAUCAACUGGUGCACAGAUUUGCAUUGUUUUCUAUGGUUUACUGGUAAACAAUGCAAUAUUUUGGCUUGUGACCAUGUGUUAAAUGAAAACUCAAAUUAAGACAUAAAGCUACCUGGAACUAGGAUAUUGCACCUAUCCUUUAAUAGACCUGUGUGUAACUUCCCAUUCAUGUCGGCAUACAUUACCAUUUUCAUAUGUGGCAUUUAUGUGUAAUGUACAAGCCAUCAUCAAGUCUUGUUUCUGUAUAUUUUCACAUGUAUUGAGGGACCCAUACUUUUUAAAUUGUUUUCCGUACUGGUUUGAUGUCUCUUGAAUCAAUAGUCGAUACAGAUUCAACAGCAUCACUGUCAAUGGAAACCUAGAAAGGAUCUUCUAAGCAAUGGCUGAUAUUUCAGUAGACAUAAACUACUGGUUUAUCAACAGGAAUUUAAUAGAUUUGAUGAGCCCAUUUUCUUUGUUAGGGAUGAUAAACACCAUCAGAAUAUGGAUACUUUUAAUUUUAUUUACUAAACUGUUUAGUGAAUCCUUGUUAUUAAAGUGUUGAAGAUUCUGAAGUGAAUUUUAUCAAGUAAACUAUUGAUACGUCA